UUUGUUCCACGCAGUGUUGUUAUGUCUAUUCCAUGUCCUCGUGAUAUGUCCUUUGGGUUACGUCUUCCACGUCUUGUUGGAGCUUUGGAUUUACCCUUAUUUGGGUCCUGUUUUCAACGCCUGUAUCUGGACAGUUUGUUGCCCUGCACUCGCCUGCUGACGCUGCCCAAGGAUGGAUCCUAUAGUGCUGAGCUACCAGGACAGCCUGCUGCGGCGGUCCGAUGUGUGCUUACUGGAAGGACCUUACUGGCUUAACGACCAAGUCAUUGGUUUUGUCUUUGAAUACUUGGCUAAUGAGCGCUUCAGAGUCCUGGGAGAUGCUGUUAUCUUCAUUAGCCCAGAGGUCACCCAGUUCAUCAAGUGUGCCUCUUGUCCUGAUGAGUUAGCCCUCUUCCUGGAGCCUCUGAAUCUCCCUUCCCGUCGCUGGGUCUUCCUAGCCGUCAACGACAACUCCAACCAGACGGCUGGGGGGUCCCACUGGAGCCUCCUGCUCUACCAUCAUAACUCCAACCACUUUGCGCACUAUGACUCUCGGAAUGGCAGCAACUCACAGCACGCACGGCGCAUCGCCAGCAAACUGGAGCCCUUCCUUGGUGCCGGGAGAAAAAGGUUUAUGGAGGAGCCCUGCCCGUCGCAGCAGAACAGCUAUGACUGUGGCAUGUAUGUUAUCUGUAUUGCCGAGGUCUUGUGUGAGAAAAUCAGGCUGGAGGAGAGCUCACCCCGCCUUCCUGUGCAAAUCAUCAACCCAGCCUACAUUACCCAGAAGCGGGUCGAAUGGUGCAGACUGAUCCAGAGUCUGGCUCAGAAUGAGCUCUGCUGCUCUCCGUCUUUCCCUUAGCCUGCUAUCUGGCCCUCUUAUUGUAUGUACAACAGCUCAUAUCUGCGGCUGGAGAAACGGAAUCCACUCCUUGCUUACAGUAUAUAACUACAUAUUUAAUAUAUUUCACUUACAGUCAAAGUUGUAAAAUUCUUCUAAGAAGAGUUGGUGGGAUGUUUCUUCCAGUGUAUAUGCACAGCAAUGUACAGUAUGUAAACAGGAACACCAGCAUGCCUAUAACCCUGAAACGUGUAGAUGCUUUGUGAGCUUGGAGAAUGAGUCAUGUGGAACAGGAAGCACUGAACCUAUUACCUUAUUGGUGUGGAGCGAUUGUAGAAAUGUUUACACAGAUUAUUGCUCAGGGUCAUUUUAAAUGAACUGAAUUGACUAUAAGAAUGUGCAUACAAACUUUGGCUACUACGUCUUAUUACAUUGUUAUAGUGCUCAUUGUUUUCAUCAUUUGUCUGCACCAGCUGUAGUUUAAAAACAAAAGCUUUUCGUGCCCUUAGCUGUUUUUUUUUUUGUUUUUUUUUUUGGUACGAAGGGCAGCGUUGAGUGGAGGAAUGUACACCAUGUUCUCACAAAGUAUCAUUCUCAGUGUCUGAUCUGAUUAAGCAGCUGUCACAUUUUUGUGGACAGAAAAGGCACUGUAAAAUCCCCUUUUAUUUGACAUGCCAGCUGUUUGUUUUUCAUUGUAUUUCUGAUAUUAAAGCGUGUUUGACUGCA